AUGAACCCUGAUCCACAAAUUCCCUUGCUGAGUCCUCCAGGUUUUCUAAGGAGGGAAAGUGGGGGGAGAGCACAAAAGGGUGCCCUUCUUUUCAUUCUUUCCAUCGUUUUCCUAAUGUCAUUGGCUGCACUCUUCAUAAGCCUGCAUGGCCAUGAACCCUUAGAGAAUAACAUUCUGAAGCUUUUCAGUAAGGAAACCAAGUCCCUUCCAUUGCAACCUAGAGGGGUUGCUGAAGGGGUUUCACCCAAGUCAAAUCCAUAUCUGUCACUGAAAGGUUCAUUUAAUUGGACAAAUGCCAUGUUAUCGUGGCAGAGAACAGCUUUCCAUUUUCAACCUCAGAAAAACUGGAUGAACGGUCCAUUGUUUUACAUGGGGUGGUACCAUAUAUUUUACCAAUACAAUCCUGAUUCAGCUGUGUUUGCCAACAUAUCGUGGGGCCACGCUGUAUCAAGGGACAUGGUUCACUGGCUCUACCUUCCCGUUGCGAUGCAUCGAGAUUCGUGGUUCGAUAUCAACGGUGUGUGGUCAGGAUCAGCCACCCUUUUGCCAGAUGGCAAAAUCGUGAUGCUUUACACGGGUAACACUCAUCAAAACGUGCAAGUUCAGAAUCUUGCGUACCCCGCCAACCUAUCCGAUCCCCUCCUCGUUCAUUGGGUCAAAUAUCCUGAUAACCCGGUCUUGGUGCCCCCACAAGGGAUUGGGCCGAAAGAUUUUCGUGACCCAACAACUGCCUGGAUUGGGCCGGAUCAGAAAUGGAGGAUCGCUAUUGGGUCGAAGGUCAACCGGACAGGUCUUUCAUUGGUGUAUAAAACCCAAGAUUUCAUCCACUAUGAACUCAACGAUGAGUAUAUGCAUGGGGUCCCGGGUACGGGUAUGUGGGAGUGCGUGGACUUUUACCCGGUUUCAGUAAAUGGGUCUGAUGGGUUGGAUACAUCCGUAAAUGGGCCGAAUGUGAAACAUGUGUUGAAGUCCAGUUUGGAUGACACAAGGGGGGAUCAUUACGCGAUCGGGACCUACUUCAUUGAAAAUGAUACAUGGGUACCCGAUAACCCGGAUGAGGAUGUGGGUAUCGGGUUGAAGUUGGAUUAUGGGAGAUUUUAUGCGUCAAAGACAUUUUAUGACCAAUACAAAAAGAGAAGGGUCCUGUGGGGUUGGAUCAACGAAUCAGAUAGCGAAACCGCUGACUUGAAAAAGGGUUGGGCAUCUCUUCAGAGUAUUCCAAGAACAGUGGUGUUUGACAACAAGACUAGAACUCAUUUGCUUCAGUGGCCAGUGGAAGAAAUAGAGAGCUUAAGGCUUAGCAGUUAUGAUUUUGAAGAAGUUGUGGUUAAGCCUGGCUCGGUUGUGCCACUGGACAUAGGCCCAGCCACACAGUUGGACAUAUUUGCUGAAUUUGAAAUAGAAUAUUUAGUAUCCCAAACUGGCAAGAAGGAGGACGAUGUAGGGUGUGGAAAUGGAGCUGUUGACAGAAGUAGUUUGGGACCAUUUGGCAUUCUGGCUAUUGCAGAUGACCAACUUUCUGAGCUUACACCAAUUUAUUUUCAUCUUUCUAGUACCACCAGCAGUUUAACCACUUCCUUCUGUGUUGAUGAAACAAGGUCUUCUAAGGCUCCUGAUGUUUCAAAACUCGUUUUUGGAAGCCGAGUUCCAGUGGUGGACCAUUCAGUCAUUGAAAGCUUUGCUCAGGGAGGGAGGACUGUGAUCUCAUCAAGAGUUUAUCCAACAGAAGCAAUAUACGGAGCUGCAAGAUUGUUUGUGUUCAACAACGCAACAGACAUAAACAUCAAGGUUACCUUCUGCAAGCGCCGAGCUGGUCUUCUCAAGAAGGCUAAGGAGCUCUCUGUGCUGUGCGAUGCUGAAAUUGGUCUUUUCAUUUUCUCCGCCCAUGGAAAGCUCUAUGAACUCGCCACCAAAGGAACCAUGCAAGGGCUGAUUGAGAGGUACAUGAAGUUCACACGAGGGUCUCUACCUGAAGCACCACCACCUCAACCACCUCCUCUGGAUGCAAAGGAGGAAUCUACCCUGCUAAAACAAGAAAUCCAAACUUUGCAAAAGGGUAUCAGGUAA